ACUAUAACUACCUCAAACCUUCUGUGAUCUCUCCCUCACGAACUCUCCUUGCCUCUACCAAAUCCUACAAGCAUAUUAUCCAAUCAAAGAAAAUGUUGGCAGUUUUUGACAAAACAGUUGCAAAAUGUCCCGAUGCUUUACAGAGUCCACACUCUGCCCCUGCAGCUUCUGUAUUGAAAGAUGGCUUCUUGGCUAACCACUUGGCCUCCCUUCACCCUGGCUCCGUCACUGUCAAUCUUGGCACUUCUGGUCUCAUUGCUUACUCUCUUGAUAAGCAAAACCCUCUUCUUCCAAGGUUAUUUGCGGUUGUGGAUGACAUUUUCUGCCUGUUCCAAGGCCACAUUGAGAAUGUUGCUGUUCUCAAGCAGCAAUAUGGUUUAAAUAAAACUGCAAAUGAGGUGAUCAUUGUCAUUGAAGCUUACAGAACUCUCAGAGAUCGAGGCCCUUAUCCUGCUGAUCAGGUUGUGAAAGGCAUCCUCGGGAAAUUUGCGUUUAUUUUAUAUGACAGCACUUCAAAAGCCACAUUUGUCGCUGUUGAUGCUGAUGGAAGUGUACCCUUUUUUUGGGGAACUGAUUCUGAAGGCAAUCUCGUUCUUUCAGAUGAUGUUCAGAUUGUUCAGAAAGGCUGUGGGAAAUCUUUUGCACCAUUCCCUAAAGGAUGCUUCUUUACAACUUCUCGAGGUUUGAGGAGCUUUGAGCACCCCAUGAAUGAGUUGAAGCCAGUGCCAAGAGUGGACAGUUCAGGUCAGGUCUGCGGGUCAACUUUUAAGGUGGAUGCGGAGACGAAGAAGGAAUCAGCUGGCAUGCCAAGAGUUGAUAGUUCUUACAACUGGUCUUCAAACUAUUAAGCCUUCAAGUUCUUUUAUGGCAAGGCUUUUGUUAUAUGGUGGCCUUUUGGAUUGUAUCUUUUUCUUUAUCCCCCACUCUUAUCUCUAUCUUCCAUGACACAACUGCGCUAAUGUGUCCAAAAUCUCACCGCUAUUAGUAAGUACUCUGAAAUUCAAGACAGCAAUUGAUGCGGCUGUAUGUUGGAUACUCUCAAAUGAAUUGGAGACCUUUGCUGGAUAUAACAUAAAAUAAAUUUUGCAUUGCAUAGAA